AUGCAGGCCCCCGUUGCUGCCCGUCGGGGGCUGCCUGGCGCGCGCUGUCUCAGCAGCUGCGCCGUAGCAGGGGGGCCCUGCCCCGGGUGGCUGGCUGGCGGACGCAGGCGGCCCUGGGUGUUCCCCGAUUGGGGCGAGCCCAAGGCCGCUGAGAGCACUCUCCCCCCUCCCUUCCUCCUCGUCUCCGCUCUCUUGUCUGCUGCUGCUAUCCUGCGGAGCUCGAGCUGGCUGGAUUCGUCGGUGGGGUUCUCCAAGGUGAAGGAAGUCGCCACCCACCAGGCAGCCAGGACGGAGCCUGAGCGGCCGGGCGGCGGGGCGCUCCGGACGCCGCCUGCCGACCCCGGUUGCCUCACGCGGCGGAGGCCCCCGACGGUGCCGCACGGCCCCCUCGGCGCGCGGCGCGGCCUCGGCGGCCUCGGGGGGGGGGGGGGAGGCGUCCCGCCGUGCAGGGCUGCGGCUGGGAGGCCCGGGAGGCCUGCCGGGGGCCGAGCGCCGGGCGAUGGCAGGCACGGCUCCAACGGGGCGGGGCGUGCCCACCUUCGUCGUAUUCCCCGCCGAAAAAAUCAUUCCGCGUUGAAAACAGUGUAUUGCCUGCUGAAUCAGUGA